AUGCAGGCCGACACAGGUCUUCCUCCAGACUGGGAGGUUCGACACUCCAACUCCAAGAAUCUCCCAUACUACUUCAACCACAAAACCCACGAGUCGAGGUGGGAACCUCCCGAAGACGCUGACACUGAGAAAUUGAAGAUCUUCAUGGCCCAACACCACAGCAGCGCGAAUGGUCGAAUCGACGGGCAAGACAACAACAAGAUCCGUGCUGCUCAUCUCCUCGUCAAACACAAUGGCAGUCGCAGACCGUCCAGUUGGAAACAAGCGAACAUCACGCGGAGCAAAGACGAGGCUAUCGAGAUGCUACGUGGUUACGAAUCACAGAUCAAGAGUGGUGAGAAGAGUCUAGGAGACCUCGCUAUGAGCGAGUCGGACUGCAGCAGUGCGAGAAAGAGAGGGGACCUGGGCUUCUUCGGGAAGGGUCAGAUGCAGAAGGAGUUUGAGGAUGCUGCUUUUGCAUUGAAGCCAGGUGAGAUCAGCGGAAUUGUUGAGACGGCGAGUGGUGUCCAUUUGAUUGAGCGUAUUCAAUAG